AUGGAAUACAUCCCACCAGGUUCACUGAAGAAAUAUAUAUCGGAAAGGGGUGUUCUAUGUGAAUCUUUAAUUCAAAAUUUCACUGUACAAAUUCUCUCUGGUUUGGUUUACCUGCAUAGCAGAAGAGUUGUUCACAGGGACAUAAAGCCAGACAAUCUGCUUGUCGAUUCUAACAACAUAGUAAAGCUGGUUGACUUUGGUUUGGCUAAGCAUUUGGGAGAAUCUGUGGGCAAGCACUCCCAGUUGGGAACUCCAUAUUAUGCAAGCCCAGAGGUUCUUCAAAAAUUAGAAUAUGAGAGCUCGCGUGAAGCUUCUGCUGCUGAUAUAUGGAGUUUGGGUUGCGUAAUCAUUGAAAUGUUCUCAGGGAAGCAUCCUUGGCCUCGUUUGGAAUGGCAACAGGCUUUCUAUAGAGUUUGUCUUAAAGAGGAACAUCCGGACAUACCAAAAGAGUUAUGCCAAGAUGGCAAAGAUUUUCUCCAACUCUGCUUCAGAAGAACUCCAGCCGAGCGGCCAUCUGCUGUGGCAUUACUAGACCAUCCCUUUGUAAAAGCAAAAACAACUUAG